AGGACGGACGCGGUGAUGGAGGAACUCGCCCGGAGGAAUAUGUGCGCCGACGUGGGAGAGCGGCGCCGGUCGGACAGCGUAGCCCGCAAAGACGGCAGCAGCUCGGACACCGAGUCGGACUUUUACGAGGAGAUCGACGUCAGCUGCACGCCGGAGAGCCUGGACUACACCUCGGCUCAAGGUCGAAACGAUGACUCACCCGGACUCCCGAGUGACUCUGGUUCGGACCCGGGUAGGGCCGUGCCGGGCCAGGGCUCUCUGUCCUACUCGGCGGACCAGAUCCGGCGGUACCGCACCGCCUUCACCCGCGAGCAGAUCGCCCGGCUGGAGAAGGAGUUCUACCGGGAGAACUACGUGUCCAGGCCGCGCAGGUGCGAGCUGGCGGCCGCCUUGAAUCUACCGGAGACGACGAUCAAGGUGUGGUUCCAGAACCGGCGGAUGAAGGACAAGCGCCAGCGUCUGGCCAUGACGUGGCCCCACCCGGCCGACCCCGCCUUCUACAGCUACAUGAUGAGCCACGCCGCCGCCACCGGGAACCUGCCCUACCCCUUCCCCUCGCACCUGCCGCUGCCCUACUACUCGCACCUGGGCGCCGGCUCCACCCCGACCCCCGCCGGCCCUUUCCCCAGCCCCUUGCGCCCCUUGGACGGCUUCAGAAUGCUGUCCCAUCCCUACCAGAGGCCGGAGCUCCUGUGCGCGUUCAGGCACCCCUCCUUGUACCAGGGUCCGGCCCACGGGCUCGGCCCGGGGGGGAGUCCGUGCGCAUGCUUGGCCUGUCACCCCGCGUCAUCCCCCGGCCUCUCGUCCAGGGCCCCGGCCUCGGACUUCAGCAGCAGGACUGAUGCUUUCGUCACUUUUACGCCUUCCGUGCUCAGCAAGUCUGCCUCCGGGACAGUGGAGCAGCGGGACGAGGUGCCUCUGACCAGAUAG